AUGGGUAAAUCUCAAUCCAAGCUCUCGCAAGAUCAGCUUGCUGAGCUCCAGAAGUCGACCCAUUUCGAUAAGAAGGAGUUGCAGCAAUGGUACAAGGGCUUCCUCAAGGACUGCCCCUCUGGUAUGCUCACCAAGGAGGAGUUUCAGAAGAUUUACCGGCAAUUCUUCCCCUUUGGAGAUCCAAGUUCAUUUGCAGAUUAUGUCUUCAAUGUGUUCGAUAGCGACAAGUCCGGCUCCAUUGACUUCAAGGAGUUCAUCUGCGCACUGAGCGUUACUAGCAGGGGCAAGAUGGAGGACAAACUAGACUGGGCCUUCCAGCUGUAUGACAUUGAUGGCGACGGCAAGAUUAGCUACGAGGAGAUGCUCAAGAUUGUCGAGGCGAUCUACAAGAUGGUUGGCUCUAUGGUGAAACUCCCCGAAGAUGAAGAUACCCCCGAGAAGCGAGUAAAGAAGAUCUUCAACAUGAUGGACAAGGAUGAGAACGGCAGCUUGGACAUGGAGGAGUUCAAGGAGGGCAGCAAGCGGGAUGAGACGAUUGUCUCGGCGCUAUCUCUCUACGACGGCCUGGUGUAG